AGUUUUAAUCAGAUGAUUGUGUAUUUUUCUUUAUAGGAGCCAAUCUAUGCUGAAGUAAACAAAGAGGCCUUUGAAAAUCCUGUUUAUUCUGAUCCGGCCUUAGACGCAGGAAACAGAAGAUCACAACUUGGUCCUCUGCCACAUAUACCAGGAACUGAAUCACCUUAUCAGCCUCUUGACAAUACGACCAGGAAACAGGAAGAUGAUGACGCAAUUGAUUACGAGAACCCCAUCGAUGGGACUCCCCCAGGGGCUGAUUACGACAAUCCACCAAUCAACUCAAAGACUGAAAGUUCUUCUGACUACGACAAUCCACCCGUUCAAGGUGYCCAAGAAAAGAGCAGUGACUAUGACAAUCCACCUCCCGUGGAGGGUGAGGACAGUGAGAACAAUGAAUACAAAGUCCCAAAGAGUGAUGUCGUUAGUAACGAAGAAGGGCAGGAUAGUGAAAUUACAGCAUUCUAAGUACAAGGAUUUAUACCUAUUUUAGUUUCUAAACAACUAUAUCGCGUGAAAAACGAGUAGUUUUGYUACUAUAGUAUCACGCCUUAACGACUCCAAUAUUUUGCAGGCUCAUUAUCAUGCAAUUGGUUACAUGUGAAAUAUGCCUAACCUUUUUUUCCAUUUAAACGACUCAUUUUUAGAUAGACAGGGMUAGCCCUUCACGGUUUUGCAGGAUCGUAUCCGAUAGGUUUAUUAGCUAUAUGUUAAAUAAAAGAAAACAAUAGAAUAGACCCCUUGCAGUUCAUGGGAAUGCAGCUACAACUGGAGGACAAAACAAUGGAUUCUAGUUCCCAAGAGGKYAAAAAUCUUUUGUUUUGYCCUCCAGAUGAAGCUGCUUUGACGUCACAUGCAAGGGGUCUAUUGAAGAACGAGGAAACGAUAUGAGUAUUGUUUUAUUCCUCCAAUCACAUAGAAAUCUUGCAAACUCGUGAGGGAUAACAGGUAAAUAGCGAGUGUAUGCGGACUCCAUGUGGAUCUCGUGCGUUCUAUAAAUUAUAAUUUUAAAAUAACAAUCGAUCUCUUCUGAUGGACCUAUAAAUUAUGCCAGUAAAUCAAUCAGAGAGCGAGUAGAGUACAAACACUAAAACUGUGCAACAUAAAUAGUCUACCACUAAAUACUGCUAAAUUAUGCCAAUUCUAUUGUUUUCUGUUGUUUAAUACUGCUUUGUAGUAAAUAGCGGGAAAAUGUUGCACACAUUUAAUGUUUGUACUCUACUGUGAUAGCUAGAGUGAUCGCACUUAAUCCCUGCAACUGUACAAACUAAAUAGUUCUAUUUAGUUGUAUUUAGUAAAUCGUGCAUGCGGUACGCAAAUUAAAUUGAAUUGAUACAAAUGAAGCAUUUAAUACCGUCUUGGUUCAGGUCCACUUUUAGUACAAAUUAAUACUACUUUGAUUUUGUACAGUUGCACGGAUUAAGUGUGUUCACUUUAUAAUACUGAAACAGUGAUAUAUGUACAGUUAAGCGAGCAAUGAAAAUGCAUUAGCUACAAGUUCGACUAAUCAAACUGAGUAAAACGUACUGUGUUUUAGUUACAGUGUUCAACUAUUAACGCUUAAAUUACAGAUUUUUUUUACUUGUCCAAAAUCUAUAAUGGAUAAUUAUUGUAAAAAUUAUUGUGAUAAUUAUUAUUGUAAUUCUCGUGUGAUUUUGCAAUGAUGUCCUCUAUUAAUAAUUUUCGCUUGAAGUAAAUACGUACUAAAAGCAAUUUAAUUGCAUAAGUCACAAAAAAAAGACUGAAAAAAGGCUGAAUUAUCAAUAAAAAUUAUUAAGCAAAGACUCGGUUAGUGAAAGUUUUCAAGCAAAGUGAAAUUCAUUCUAGAUUAAUCCCUCAUCCAAUCAGGGACCUGUUUUUGUUCUCGAAGCCUUAGGGGUUUUCAAAAGACAAAAGAAAAAUAUACAAAUAAUGAUCAACAAAUACCUAAAAAAAGUCWAAUUCGUCRUACGAWAUACCUUGUGAAUCAAGUUUGACAGACUCUUUUCAACAUUCAGAAAACGUUUCAAAUYAUGACCCGAUUCCAAGUUUUAGCGGGAUUACAGUGUAUAAUAUUCAUAACAGCAGCUGCCUCGAAUACAGUUCGUGUAGUCCGUCAAACACUAAACCAAACUGGACCCGAUAGAGACGUAUUUAGCAAUCCAAGCUGUAAAUCGGGUGAUUGUCCUGCGAAAUCUAACUGCCAUGUCUCUUGUUGCAUGUGCCAUUGUGCYUACGACUCCCCAAACUUCUUAGUUAAWCGAUGGGAAUGCUUGAAAAACGCGGAUACUACUAAAGUGAGCUCAAGCAACACUUGUGCCUUCAGCAUUCGUCCCGAAAACGAGCCCAUUGAAGUUCUAUUAACGACSGAACAGGMCUCCGGGAAGGUCAAAUUUACAAGUUCACACGUCCGUGUGAAUUGCACUAAUAACGUCAUCGUUGACCGAUGGGACUACCUUGACGCGCAUGAUCAGUGGGUCCAAGGACUGGGUGACGCAUUUAUUGUAUCCCAUAGUACUGUUGGUGGAAGGGGUCAGGACAAGAAGGAUCUCUCCUUUCUUCAGUGGAAUAAAAAGUUAGAGUCAAGAUAUUCAGGUCUGCUAAUACGAUUGAUGUUAAAUUGCAAAAAUUCGCAUCGAAUUGGAUGCCUGUUGGCCAAGUUAAACGGCACUUACACAUAUGAUACAUCUGCAACUACGACAUCUCCAACUACGACAUCUCCAACUUCACAAUCAUCAGGACCUACACAAGCAUCGUCACAAYUGCYCCGCUCACAAACCAUAGACCUUUCUACUUCAUCGACCAGAAAGCCAACAACAACUSUUAAUCCAAACACCGCUGAUCAACAAGAACAAGUGACGCAUAAACAAGAAAAGCAAACAUCAACGCCUGGUGGAGCGAUCAUUGGUGUGGUUGCUGGAGUCCUUGCUUUACUUUGCUUCAUUAUUAUACUGGUCGUUGUGUGCAGAAAACGAAGAGCUGGCCUUUCGUGUGUUCAAAAGGAAAGAAAUGAAAAGCCGCCAGGUACAUUGAAGUUUAUUUCUUUACCUUGCUUAUCAUAGUGCGUUUUUGAAGGAUCGCCCUCAUCAUGCAGCAAGUUGGCUACGCUUCUGGGGAGGGGUGGGAAAGUAGCUYUAGCCGACGCUUCAUCGCAGCCAAAACUGUUAAUUUCAUUUUAUAUUGAUAUGUUUACUCAUUGUGAUUUAUCUACUUAUAGUUACAUAUGYAAACAAUGCUGAUUAUGAGGACCCCAUAUAUGCGGAGGUACCUGAACCACGGCCGGACUUUGACAACCCUGUUUAUGUUGAUCCAACGGCUGGAAAUCUAAACAGAAGAACCAGGCAAGAUCCACUUCCUGUAAUACCAGGAAGCGACAMAUCCUAUCAACCUUUGAACGAGCUUACAAGAACAGCAGUGCARCCAGGUAAUGAAAYUAAGYUUUCAAGACGUCCAUGCAUAAUACUUGUGAUAAUUCAGCGAAAAAUUAGUUAGAUGAACGAAUAUUGAAUGAAUGAGUAAAAGGAUAAGAAUAAAUGGUCAAUUAAAUAUAUGAUUUUAAAUUAAUUCAGGUAUUU